AUGGACUGGGUGAAGCUGCGAUCCUAUUCCCGGAAGAGGCCGGCCCAAAAGAAUAUACACUGGGGUUCUCCCUUGCCAGGGGUGACAACAUCUGCUGCUGGAAACAGAAGGAAUGCUCCAGCCAAAGGCACUCACAUGAGCCUAGGCCUACACCUUAAACCUAAACUGGAAUCUCAUGGCAAAAGACUCAAUAGAAAUGCAAUUACAAAAGCAUUACCAAAUAUUCAUGAAAAUUCAGAGGUAACCCAAACGAAUUGUCAUUCAUCUGACCAAAGGUAUAAGCAGUCACAUUUUGUUUUAAAUGCCCAACAAAAAAAACAGUCCCAUAAUUGUGGUGUAUUCUUCUCUAAACAACGUUUAUUCUUUAAAAAUGAAAACAGGAGUAUGGACGUGAAUAAAGAUAUCAGUGACAUGGACAAGACUGUGGCAAAGGAUUCUUCAUAUCUAAAUACUGCAAGUAAAAAGAGCUCAAGAGAUAGUGAAACCACUUCAGGAACGACUUUACCCACAGGUGUUUCAGAUUUCUUGCUGGACUGUUUGGAUGUGGAUUCUCUGGUGUGCUCCAGUACAGGAUCUAGCGGUUGUACAAGUAGCUACUCAUCACCUGAAAUAUUCAGAGAUGAAGAAGAAAGCAGUACUAUUCCUGAAGGACCAUGUCUUCAAUGCAAAAAUUCAACUCUCUUGGAAACAAGCAAAGCUCUCAACAUAGGCAAGAUGCCACACCUGCCAAAUCUGUCAAAGAUAGCAGGAAGUCAAGACCAGAGUAUUAUAAGGAGUAGAUCAUCUGAACAGAAACUGCAUUCUGGGCUGAGAACUGGUUCAGCUGUAGUAGCAGGAAAACAAUUACACAAAAUUGUAUCUACAAAGGAAUUAAGAGCCAAAUCACAAUCUUCUGGAUCUUUGUUGUUGCUACCGCAGAAGCACAAAACACAGACAAAUGAUAAUCGUCAGUCCAAAAAAAUGAAGAACAGGGAAAAAGAGAAAUCCAAAAGUCCAAUGGAAAGCCCAUCUUCUUCUUCAUUCUUUCCUUGUUUGCAGAAAACCAAAACCAAAACAGACAUAGCUUGUAGGAAUAUAAUUGAACAGGUAGCCUCAAAACAGCCAGAUGCUAGCAUGGAGACAAAUUCUGUAUCAGUGAACCUAGGAAGGAAUAAAGCAAUCCUAACAAGUACUGCAUUUCAACAGCCAGAAGAUGUAGAGCUGGACUUGUCAUCAGUUCGUAAAGGCUCACUCAGUGAAGAUUUCUUACCAAACACGAAUAGUCUAUAUGUCAAUUCAGAAGAAAUUGUUCCUGCAACAUUGACUCCAGAAAACACUAUUUAUCAGUGUUUACGUAACCCACCAGAAAUCUGCUCUAUCAUUAAAGCCUCACCAGGAUUUAGACCACUCAAAAUUCUCCAGCAUCCAUUGAAUAGAAAAGAAUUAUUCUUUCCACCAGGAUCAAGUGAAGAUAUUAUUACAAGCUCAUAA